GCAGGCCGUCUCCCUAAUUACACUAGAUACUAUCCAUCCCUUGGGCUGGUAACAGCAACUGGCUAGGGAAUAAUGGCUACCGUCGUCCUCGCUAGCCUAGUCUAGGGAAAUCAUGCAAUGCUCACUUCCCUAGCCCGAUCAUGCCCAGUUCAGAUCACAUGCGCCCACCAGCUUACGGGUCGAGCUUUUCCGGACUUCGGGGACCCAGUCUGUACGGUCCGCAGGAAUGCGGGUGAAAAUGGGAUAGUCUGUCUGUCUGGGCUGGGUGGGAUGGGGAGGAACACCCCUCUCUCCCCGAGGCUAUCGAUGGCUAUCCCUUGUGCUUCCUCGUCGUCGCCCCGAGUAUGCAUUCAUAUUGUUGUGGCUCAUAUUGCCGAGCAGAUGUCAAGCACGAUUGUCAAUCAGCUGCAGCGUCGUCUGCAGUACUUAUGUCAGGCUGUAGUGCCACAGUACUUUGCACCCGGCUAAUUAGACGUUCGAUGAUCCCAUCCUGUAGAGAUUCUAGAUCCGCUAGGUUUUCUUUUUUUUCUUGGCCCUCUUUUGUUCCUUUUCCGCGUCGUCUCCUUUGUCCGCUUUGCUCCGUACUGAUCCCUGGC